CUCCCGGAAGUGGCGGGUCUCCGAAGAGAGAGCGACGGAGUUCGGGUGCCAGAAGCGUCGUAGUGCCUGCUGAGCUUGUGGGCUCCUGCCACCCCCCCCUUCCCUCCCCGCCCAUCAUGUCUGCCUUCGACACCAACCCCUUCGCGGACCCGGUGGACGUGAACCCUUUCCAGGAUCCAUCUGUGACCCAACUGACCAAUCCUCCUCAGAGUGGCCUGUCGGAAUUCAACCCUUUCUCAGAGAAUCCCCGGCUGACAAAUGCAGCGGCAACGACAGUCCCAGCCUCCCAGCCCACUGGGCCAUCACAGCCUGCAGUUCUUCAGCCCUCAGUGGAACCGACCCCCCAGCUCCUGCUUAGACAGGCUGACAAGUACCUACCUACCAUGUUCCUGGCAGUGAGCAGGUUCACAGAGAGACACCUGCUGCCAGGAAGAGCUAGUGUUUUGAAUGGCAGCCACAUUCGAAAGCUUUCUAAGGCUGUGGCCUCAGCCGCCCAGGCUGGCCUGCUGCAGCAGCAGGAAGAGCUGGAGAGGAAAGCUGCAGAGCUGGACAGGAAGGAGCGUGAGCUGCAGAACGCCACAGCCAGCCUGCACGUGAGGCCAAAUAAUUGGCCCCCACUGCCCUCAGUCUGCCCCAUCAAGCCCUGCUUCUACCAGGAUUUCUCUGCAGAGAUCCCAGCUGAUUACCAGCGAACGUGCAAGAUGAUGUAUUACCUCUGGAUGUUGCAUUCAGUGACUUUGCUCCUGAAUCUUCUCGCCUUCCUGGCCGCGUUCUCUGCUCACGAUUAUAGGGGAGUUGACUUUGGCCUCUCAAUCCUGUGGUUUGUGCUCUUCACCCCAUGUGCCUUCAUCUGUUGGUACCGACCCAUCUACAAGGCCUUCAGGUCUGACAACUCCUUCAGCUUCUUCGUGUUCUUCUUUGUGUUCUUCUGCCAAAUAGCCAUCUACAUCAUCCAGCUGGUGGGCCUCCCGGGCUGGGGGAACAGUGGCUGGAUCAUUGUUAUAUCAGCACUACAGGCUGAGUCACCUAUAGCUGUCUCGAUCAUCAUGAUAGUGGUGGCUUGCUUCUUCACCCUUUGUGCUGUCCUCUCCCUCUUCCUCCUGAAGCGGGUGCACUCUUUGUACCGACGCACGGGUGCCAGCUUCCAGCAGGCCCAGGAGGAGUUCUCCCAGGGCAUCUUUGCCAGCAGGACCUUCCGAAACACAGCAGCUGGCGCUGCCCGAGGAGCCUUCCAAGGAAAUUAACCCUUCCCAGGCUGGUCAUCCUCCUCUUCCUCGCCAGCCCUUCUCUUCUUACUCCUCUUGCUGCCUCCUCCUGAGGUGCACUUUCCAGGGGUGCCUUGCUUAACGGUUCCGGCUAAGACACAGAGACGGUCUCACCUUUGGCUCAUCCUGUUUCUCAGCAGCCAGCCUUCCCUCCCACUUCAGGCGGGGAGGGAGGGUCGGUUUUUUUAUACAUACAUUUAUACACACCUAGAAAAGUUAGCCCAGGUCUUUCUUUUCUUUUGUGUGUAUGGUGAUUUGGUGGGAUUCCUGCCCUCAAGCAGCAGAGUUUGGUUGUGGAUGCCCUUUGUUUGGGAUAGGUAGCCCCUGGCUGGGAUUUGACUUGGGAGAGGGUCCAGGGCAGGGCAGAGGGGGCAGUAGCAGCAUCCUAGCAGGGUGCCCCCUUCUGCAGGCCAUCAUCAAGAAGAUGCUCCGCGGUCCCCAGCUCUGACCUUGGAGAAGGAGCUAAGAUCAGGUUCUCUUCUCCUUGACUUGCCUGUCUGCAGGGAAAAUUAACGUGUGACUUUAUAGAGCCUGUCGGAGGAGUUCGGCAAGGCUGCUUUCAGGACACUCAGUCGUUGCCCGGAGUGGAGAGCUGCUCCGUCUCCCCCUCCUUCCUUCGGGGCUCACCCCUGAGAGCCAAGUGCUUUUGGAUCAUGUCCCUGCCUUGGGAAGAGGCCUGGAAUCACAGUCCUUAAGCAAGAAGUGCCUUAAUAAUCCAUCUCCCCCCCCCCCCCAAGUGUGAGCUGUCUCUGAGAGGAGCCCAGGGUCUGCCUUGGGGGCAGAGAUGCUUGAAGACCCCGCUGGGAGCUCCGAGGGUGGGCGUGCCUGGGAGGGAAGGGCCUCAUUGCCUCCAUUCCUCCUGACGCUCUUGGGUCGGUGUGCAGCUGCCUGGCCCUUGCAGACCCUCAUUCUGCUGCAUUCCCUUCACGCUCUCUUCUCCCUCCUCCACCCCUUUCCAUCAGCAAUAGAUUGCCGCCUGGCCUGGAUUUUGGAGGACCCACCAUCCUUCCUCCAGGCUGCUCUCCCAGGAAGCUUAGCAGGACUUUGGGCUAGGCUGCAGCCCCCCCCCCCCCCCCCCCCCCCCCCCGCGGG